AUGAGUGCUAGUUCGAAUCAGUCUACCCGUACCAGUCCAGGGUCCUACAGUACUACCCACCGCACGGGUUCGGUGUCUUCCGGCUCGUCGCCGCCUCACCUCCCGCUCUCCUCUUCCCAGGCGCCCUCGACAUCCCAGAAUGCGAUGUCGACCGACGUGUAUAGUCCCACUGCGUCGCAAGCGCCAACUUCGCUAGGCUCUACUUUUUCAUACCCUUUCUCGCCGAUCGGUCCCUCCACUUCGUUUGACAGCGUAUCUCCCGGCACCAUGCGUUUGGGCGACUCCGACCGGUCGCCUCAGGGCCUCAACGGCUUCACUCGAGCAGGAAAUGGUGGGGCUAGUGGUGGCGCGAUUUUGAUGCGAAAGCUCCCGAGAAACACGAGUCGCGAGGCUUUGCGCAGCAUGCUCCUUUUCGCUAAAGACUUUGUUGAUGCCGAUUUUGUGUCGACCGACUUGCCAGAGGAUAACGGGUUUUUGAGUGCGAUCGCACGUUUCAAUACUUUGGCCGCUGCAGAAGAGGCGAGGUCACUGCUCGAUGGCAAACCGAAUUCGAAAAACGACGCGACCAUGGUCGUGGAUAUCUUCCAUAGCCCCGUCGGUUCAAGUCUGCAAAAUGCCAGGCGCAAUACAAUCGACCACACCAAUACCAGAGGCCUCUUGGGCAGUGUUCCAACAAACGGUCCCGUGUCGCGUCAGUCAUCGCGUUUCAACGGCACUUUCCAAAGUCUGGAGAGACUCACAGCUACAAACUCGUCGAACAACGACGCGUUGCCCCCGUCAUCCGAGUCCGGUUCUCGGUUGCACAGCAUCUUCUCCCCGCAGUCUCCGAUCGGAAACGGCGUCAAUGAUCUUCCGCGCGUCAGUGGAAAAUCCAUGAUUGACCAAGACCCCGAUGAGGAUACUGGUGAACUCCUCAAGGAUCCCGUUGGGUAUGCUGAGAACGGUCAUUCGGGGUCAGUCUCGAUCCCUCGCCGGUCUACGAAUCCUCAGAUCCCCACCAACCGGUUUGCAAACAUGUCACUUUCGACCAACAUGUCCUCCCCACCAUUGCAGAAUUACACAGGGGGUUCAACGCGGAUGAGUGUUCCAACACCCUCUUCUGCGUUCCCACAAACCAUCAAUAAUGGCAGCAUUAAUGGAAAUCCUGGGUAUCAUUAUGGAAACCAGCAUAACCCCCGCCACAGUCUCCCAGCCGCAAACCCCAACGAUUUGAACCCACCAUGCAACACCCUAUACGUGGGCAACCUGCCCCCAGACACUUCUGAGGAAGAACUCAAGGCCCUGUUCUCCAAACAACGUGGGUACAAGCGACUAUGUUUUCGAAACAAACAGAACGGACCCAUGUGUUUUGUGGAAUUUGAUGAAGUGGCUAUGGCAAGCAAGGCCCUGAAUGAACUCUACGGCUACAAGCUUUCCAACAGCGUCAAGACCGGCAUCCGUCUAAGCUUUUCAAAGAACCCCCUGGGGGUCCGCUCUGGGCAGCCGGGCAGCAUGAACCCUUCUGCCCCCUUGACUCCUACAGGUUCCGUUCCUGGAGGCAGCAAUCUAAGCGGGGUACACAAUAGCCAUAUGUUUUCGACGGUGAGCGGUCCGCCCCCGGGCCUUUCCGCGCCUCCGGGUCUCGUGAUGCCGCUGGCUUUGAGAAAUAAUGGGCCCAUCCAUCACCCAUCAGGCAACCCUCACGCACCCAUGCCCAGCAAUGGCUCGUUCAACCCCAACACUGGGCUGGGGAUCCGCACCAAUGGUGCGAACGCGAUGAUGUCGCCCACUCCCCCACUCGGAGGAGUCGCCAAUGGCGGCAAUGCAGGACCAAACAUGGGAGGCUUCAACUCUUAUUAUCCCGACUACAUGAUGGGUCGGUAA